UCGGGCUCUCCCUCCGGAAGUUGCCGCUAGAGGUAGCGUGGUGGCUGGCGUUGUCUUUGUCGGGCUCCGCCAUGGCGUACCGGGGUCAGGGCCAGAAAGUCCAGAAGGUGAUGGUGCAGCCCAUCAACCUCAUCUUCAGAUACUUGCAGAAUAGAUCCCGGAUCCAGGUGUGGCUGUAUGAGCAAGUGAAUAUGCGGAUAGAGGGCUGUAUUAUUGGUUUUGAUGAGUACAUGAACCUUGUAUUAGAUGAUGCAGAAGAAAUUCAUUCUAAAACAAAGUCAAGAAAACAACUGGGUCGGAUCAUGCUGAAAGGAGAUAACAUUACUCUGCUACAAAGUGUCUCCAACUAGAAAUGAUCAAUGAAUUCAUACAGGGAAGUGAGGCAGUGGCAAUUAUGAUAUG